AAUAGAAACAUUUUUUUUUAUAUAAGAAAUGUCUGUCACUGGAAUCAAUAACGCUUUUGCUUCUUUGUCUGUUCAAGACUACAGAGCUCGUAAAGUUGCUCUCGUCACUGGUGUUACCGGUCAAGAUGGUUCAUAUUUAGUUGAAUUUUUAUUAGAGAAGGGUUAUGAAGUCCACGGUAUUAUCCGUCGUUCAUCUUCUUUCAACACAGGCCGUAUUGAGCACAUUUACAGAGACAGACAUGAAACUGGUGUGAAAUUCUUCCUUCACUAUGGUGAUUUGACUGAUUCAACCUGUUUGGUCCACAUCAUCUCCAAGGUGCAACCCACCGAAAUUUAUAACUUGGCAGCCCAAUCUCAUGUCAAGGUCUCUUUCGACAUGUCAGAAUAUACCGGUGAUGUGGAUGCCCUUGGUACUCUUCGUCUUUUAGAUGCUAUCCGUACUUGUGGUUUAAGCGAUCGUACUCGUUUCUAUCAAGCCUCUACUUCUGAACUUUAUGGUAAGGUUGCCGAAACUCCUCAAAAGGAAACUACCCCCUUCUACCCUCGUUCUCCUUAUGGUGUUGCUAAGCUCUAUGCUUACUGGAUCACUGUCAACUACCGUGAAUCCUAUGACAUGUAUACCGCUAAUGGUAUUCUUUUCAACCACGAAUCUCCUCGUCGUGGUCGCACUUUUGUUACACGUAAGAUUACCCGUGCUGUUGCUGAUAUCCAUCUCGGUCGUCAAGACUGUCUUUACUUGGGUAACAUUGAUGCUAAGCGUGAUUGGGGACAUGCUCGUGAUUAUGUUGAAGGUAUGUGGCUCAUGUUGCAACAAGAUAAGCCCGAUGAUUUUGUUUUGGCCACUGGUGAGACUCAUACUGUCAGAAGCUUUAUCGAGAAGGCCUUUAGAGUGACUGGCCGCACUAUUGUUUGGGAAGGUGAGGGUGUGAACGAGAUCGGUAAGGAUUCUGAGACUGGUAAGGUUCGUGUACGUAUCGAUCCCAAGUACUUCCGUCCUGCUGAAGUUGAGCUCUUAUUGGGUGACCCUACCAAGGCUAACACCGAGUUGAACUGGAAGCGUAAGGUUACCUUUGAUGAAUUGGUUACCGAGAUGGUUGUGGCCGAUAUCGAAGGUGGUCUCAACUCCUCCACUUUAAUGUAAAUAAAUAUACAAAAAUAAAUUAUCUUUCAUUUCUUUUUAU